CUAAGCAAACGGAUGGAUCGAAAGGGUUUUAAAGCUCCAUUCCCCAGCUCGUUGAUCGCCACUUGUUCCCAGACACCACCCGGACUCUUCUCCUCCAUCCUCAUCUCACACUCUCAGCCGGCACAAUGGAGGACCUACACGACCCCCGGAAGCCCCAGCCGCUCAACGAUGACUCGGCCGCCCUCCAGCAGCUGGGCCACAAGCAGGAGCUGCAGCGGAACUUCUCCAAGGUCUCGAUGCUGGGUCUCGCGUUUGCCAUCCUCAACACCUGGACUGCCCUGUCCACCUCCAUCAACCUCGCCCUGCCCUCCGGCGGCCCCAGUGCCAUCAUCUGGGGCUUGAUGGUUGCCGGCGUCUGCAACCUCUGUCUCGCCGUCUCUCUCGCCGAGUUCCUGUCCGCCUAUCCCACUGCUGGUGGCCAGUACCACUGGGCGGCCAUUGUUGCGUGGCCGCGCUGGUCGCGAGGCAUUAGCUAUGUGACGGGAUGGAUCAACGUUGCCGGAUGGGUCGCUCUGACUGCCACCGGACCUCUCCUAGGAAGCACCAUCAUCGUCGACACCAUUGCGUUCAUGAGCCCCAGCUACAAGUCCGAGACCUGGCACCAGUUCCUCAUCUACGUCGGCUUCACCUUCAUCGCCCUGGUCAUCAACACCUUUGCCACCCGCCUCCUCCCGCUCUUCAACAAGACGGCCUUCCUGUGGAGCAUGGCCGGCUUCAUCAUCAUCAGCAUCACCGUGCUGGCCUGCGCCACCCCCGAUUACCAGAGCGGCAAGUUUGUGUACGGCGAGUUCAUCAACGAGGUCGGCUGGCCCGAUGGCCUUGCCUGGAUGCUUGGUCUGCUCCAGGGCGCUUUUGCCCUUACUGGUUUCGAUGCCACCGCCCACAUGAUCGAGGAGAUUCCCAACGCCCGCGAGGAGGGUCCCAAGAUUAUGAUUUACUGCAUCGGCAUUGGCAUGCUCUCCGGCUUCGUCUUCCUCAGCUGCCUGCUCUUCGUCAUGAAGGACCUCGACACCGUCCUCAACUCCCCCGCCGGCCCUCUUCUCCAGAUCUUCUUCGACGCCACCAAGAGCAAGGCUGGAAGCGUCUGCCUGGUCAUGUUCCCCCUCAUGUGCAUGGUCUUCACCUCCACCGCGCUCAUGACCACCAGUGCUCGCAUGACCUACGCCUUUGCCCGAGACCGCGGUCUUCCCUUCAGCGGCGUUUGGGCCGUUGUCCACCCGACUCUGGAUGUACCCGUCAACGCCCUGCUCUGGACUACUGGCUGGGUUAUUGUGUUUGGCCUGAUUCUGCUUGGUUCUAGCAGUACCUUCAACGCCAUCACUGCUGCCUCCGUCGUUGCUCUCGGUGUUACCUAUGCUAUUCCUCCCGCCAUCAAUGUCCUGCGCGGAGGAAACAUGCUUCCCGAGUCCAGAAUCUUCAAGCUCAGCACCCCCGUCCGGUGGAUCUGCAACUUGGUCGGAAUUGCCUGGGCCAUCCUGACCACUGUCCUUUUCGUCUUCCCUCCCGAGAUGGCGGUGACUUCCUCCAACAUGAACUACUGCGUUGCUGCUUUUGGCGUCAUCCUGCUCAUUGCUGGUACUACUUGGGCCAUUGACGGACGUAAGAACUACAAGGGACCCCGCCUUGAAAACAGCGAGAACACCCUUGAAGGUUUCCCUAAUUGA